AUGUCUGCUGCGCCCCAGGCAGAAAAGAAAGGGCACGUCUGCCCUCCGUCAAAUGCAACACGUCCUCGAGACCGUUGGGAGAGCAUGUUUAUAUAUUCCUUCAUAUGCAAAUUCACGCAACUGAGAUCCAAGGUCGAGGGCUUGGAAACACCUAUGGAUUUCGAAAAUUCCUUAUUGUCUCGUGAACCAAACCACAUAUUAUCGAAGAUUCUGCAACAGUUCAUACUGAAUCUUCGUCCCCAGACGCGUAACUUGAGUGGAGAUCAGAUAUCAACUACAGUUGCCAGUGUUCUCGCAGACUACUUCAAGACGUCAGAGAGGACCGUUUUCUGGGAUGAUGAAUUAAAGGCCAAUGUGGACCCCUUCGAGGGCUUGCAAGGGGGCUUUUUCGCUGCAGACUGGGACUUCAAACUCAAAAUCUUAAGGCAACUCGUGGAAUUGCAGUUGACGCACGCCCCAGAUAUCAAGGGUGUAAUCGACCGCGCAUGGGGGGUUAGUCAAAACAAACAUAAGAAAAAGGAGGAUGGCACAGUCCCCACCGAUACGAUUGACACCAAAAGUCGGGAAAGUCUGCAACUUGUUCCUCUCGGUCAAGACUCUGAGCGCAAACGCUAUUGGAUUGCAGAUGAUUCACCCCGAAUAUAUGUAUCUACGAACCCAUGGAAAAUUACUGCUACUUUCCAGUCGGUGUCUUCGACACGAGACGAGUAUAUUGCCACGAUCGCGAUUUUGGAGGAUUCUGCACCCCCAGAGUUCAAAUUCAAAAAUGGCGAAAAGAAGUCCAAGUUAGAACUGGCCCACCUAGCACUCAUCAAGGACCUCGAAAGUCGAGUGGGGGCCAUUGACGCUGAAAUAGCGCGAGUACAAAAGGCCCGCCGAAAGAUCGAACAGCGUGCUCUGCUGCUAGCACAAGCAGAAAUACGACAAACUCGAACUCGAAGGCAAACCAGACGGCCAGAUUAUGUCUAUACCGAUGCAGCAGACAGCGAGGUAAGCCAGCAAUAUUCUGUGCUUCUAUUUCUGAUGAUGAUCGAUAACUAA